UAUUUCUUCCAUCUGCUCUGAACUGGUGCACUAAGUGUAAUAAAUAUGUUGACCGGAAUCGUCUAUUCGAUAGCGAGUGCCAUAUUAAAGGUCUGUUUUCUGUGGCUAAACUAGUAUACACUUUUGGAAUUUGAAUUGAGACAGAUAGAACUGAAUGAGCAUGUCAUCAGAUGAGGAGAAUGACGAACUGCAAGACUUGGAGGCGAUACGCGAUAAGGUUCUUAGCAGCCCACAUAGCAAGCGUAUGCAAGUGAGCGCUUGGGAGGACGACGAUGAUGGUGUAGAAGCAGAACGUAAUGCGAGAGAACCUGAUGCAAAGGCUAUGUUGAACGCUGCCGAAGAGGGAAACCUGGAAAAUAUUAAGAAUUUAUUGAAUAAAAACCGCCACUUACUCAAUUGUACCGAUAAGGAUGGCUAUACUCCGCUUCACAGGGCAUGUUAUGGCAACAAUGUGGAAGUGGUAGAGUAUCUACUUGAAGCAGGGGCUAGAAUAGAUGCUAAAACUCAAGAUGAAUGGCAACCUCUACAUUCUGCAUGCUGUUGGAACAACACAGAAUGCGCUGAAGCCUUAAUUGCAAACGGAGCAGAUGUUAAUGCAACAAGCAAAGGAGAUCAAACACCUUUACAUUUGAUUUCCGCUAGUUCAUACAACUCCCCUGCUCUCCAGCUUCUUCUCUUACAUCCUGACACAAAUCCCUACCUGGUUAACUCAAGUGGAGACACGGCAGAUCAGAUCGCGAGAAGGACGACCAAAAACUAUCCUAUGUUCGAAAUAAUUGAACCCUGCCUAAAUGAGAUUUAAGGUCAAGUGAUGCCAGCAUCCCGAAGGAAGCAUGCCGUUUAUCGAAGUUUCGGAGAUCGUUCGAUUUAUCUUAUCGUCCGGUCGAUGAAUCACCUGAUUUGAGAUCGAGCCAAGUUUCCAAAACCAGCGAUUCGAACCCAAUGGAUAUCAAAUGUACUG